GGUAGUCUGUCUGUAUCGGGGUCGUCAAGACUCUUCUUCAGCAUUUGGAUUUCAAGACAACGCCAUCACCAUUUCCUGGAUCAUGAAUAAAACUGAAGCGACGACUCUAAUGUGGAUUUAAAUGAACUAAAUGGAGUGAAGACGUCCAGCACGAGGAAAAUAAAAGAAUGUUACAAAAGGGGACCAUACUGUUGCUCUGUGUGGUUGUCUCCUUUUUACUGAUCUUACUUGAUCUUUAUUUAAAGAAAGUUGGAAUUAUGAUAUCACGUUUUCACAGUUUGCCUUAUAAUGGUACAUAUAAUUCCAGUGUUUCGGAAAUGUAUGACAUCCCGGCAACUGUUUCACCAUCUGUUUCAACCCCCGUCCCUUAUAAAUCUCCAGGACCGUAUUUAGUGGAAUACCCCUAUGAGUACCACUUUGUUAUCAAUGAGCCAAACAGAUGCGAGCAGGAGAAACCUUUCCUGGUUCUGAUGGUUCCCGUGGCGCCCAACAACAGGGCGCAUCGUGACAUCGUCCGCAACACCUGGGGAGGUGAAAGCCCGGUACUGGACAAAGUGGUGAAGGUCUUCUUCCUGCUCGGGCUCCGCACUGGAGAUGGAGUGGCGGAGCUCCAAGAACAACUGCUGCAGGAGAGCAAAGAACAUCGAGACCUGAUCCAGAGCGACUUCCUGGACUGCUACAAAAACCUGACCAUCAAGACCAUGGUGAUGAUGGAGUGGCUGGAUAAGUACUGCUCCCAAGCUGCUUACGCCAUGAAGAUUGACUCAGACAUGUUUCUCAAUUUGCCCAAUCUCAUCAACAUGUUGUCAGAUACUCCAAAGACAAACUAUCUGACCGGACUUGUGGCAAAAGGCUCAAGAGUCAGCAGAGAUCAAGGAUCUAAAUGGUACUUACCUCGAGAGAUUUUCCCUAAAUCACGGUACCCACCUUACGCUCUGGGUCUGGGUUACGUUUUGUCUCUAGAUCUGCCAAAAAAGCUUGUGGAGGCAUCCAGACAUGUCAAAGCUGUUUACAUUGAAGAUGUGUAUUUGGGAUUAUGCAUGCAGCACCUGGGCAUCUUUCCCACCGAACCCCCAGAAGGGGGACAAUUUCAUGUCUAUCCUGUGACGUACAGUCGCUGUGCUUACUCCAGGCUAAUAGCCACCACUACGCAUGAACACGUUGAUCGUAUGUCGGUCUGGAAAGACUUUAAAAGACCGGGCCUGUACUGCCGAUCCCUCCAAAUGACCCCAGAGCAGUUGGAUAUUUAUGUGCCUUUCCUGUGACGUGCAGUCUCUUAGCUUACUCCAACACAAGUCGUGUCGAGACACGCCACAGCAUUCAGGGAAGAAGAAGUGUGUGAUCGGUUUUUGGGAGUGUGCUGUGCAGUAGCGCUGUGUCCCACCCCGAGUUUCUGCUCUGUUUACCUCUGACUUCAAAGAACCUGGGUAAGGCAAGGUGGCGUUUUAACAUUUCGCCAGUACAUUUGCAACUCAAAUGAUUUAUCCCUGUGCCUUAUCUCUGUUUAAUAGUUAACUGUCUUGUUUCCUUUUUUAUUUUACACCUGCCCGUGAUUUGUUUGACCUGUGUUUGAUAAGUCCUGUCUAUUUAGUUCCUGGGUGUCCUUUGUUUCCUGGUCUGUCUGUUUCCGUGUUCUCUAGGUUUCUGUGUUUUUUGCCUUCGUGGAUUUUUGUGUUGUUGCCUGGUUUUCCAGCCGCUUUCCGUUAUUAAAGCAAGCUCUUGUUUAAUUCCUGCGUCUGGGUCCAUACCUGCGCUUCCCCACCCAUCGCCCUAUGUGACACUUGUAGCAGAAACAGCAGCCUUAUCGUCGGACCGACAUGUCUCUGCCUGUGGCCUCGCUGCUACACAGCACUAAACAUUAUGAUGGAGUCGUCUCAGGUGGAAUAAAAGCUUUCCAUGAAUGUCUGUGUAGAUAUUUUUGGCCAUGGGUAACUAAUCGUGACCAUCUCAAAGUAAUUCACUCAGUGGAAGGUUGUUAUCAGUUUGGUACCUGGUCAAACCCGUCUCAUGUUCGGGACACUGAAACAGCAAUUUAUUUUA